UUUGUCUUUGUUGCAUCUCUGCCUCUCUUUAUUUUUACAACCGUCUCUGGGAUGUAAGAAGCCACUAAAGUACUUUGGGGUUUUUUUCCUUUUUAUCCACAAAGGAAUUAACUUUUUUUUUCUUUCACGAGGAGAAAUUAUGGCGAGAUUUUUGUUGAACAUGCGUCUUGUUCUGGUUUUGUUCGGAUUAUUUUUGCUCUCUUCUCCAUCCGCAAGAGCCGAGCCGGAGCUGCAGGACGAGGAGGAGGAGGAGAGUUCCUGUCAGGGCGCCUUUGACCUGUAUUUUGUGCUUGAUAAGUCUGGCAGUGUGAAGAAUCACUGGGAGGAAAUCUACUACUUUGUGGAGAAUUUAGCUGAGAAAUUCAAAAGUCCAAUGCUGAGGAUGUCCUUCAUAACAUUCUCCUCCAGAGCAUCCACCAUCAUGAAACUGACAGAAAAGAGAGUGGACAUCAGAAAGGGACUGAAUGCUCUGAAGAGGGAGAUUCCAGGUGGAGACACAUUCAUGCACCUUGGAUUGCAGAGGGCUAAUGAGCAGAUACAACGCGAGAACUUUGGCACAGCCAGUGUGAUCAUUGCACUGACAGAUGGAGAGCUACAGGAGCAUCAGCUCAUCACUGCACAGCAAGAGGCAGAGAGAGCUAGGUCUCUGGGAGCAAUUGUGUACUGUGUCGGUGUCAAAGACUUCAAUGAGACACAGCUGGCUACUAUUGCAGACACCAUCGAGCAUGUGUUUCCUGUCCUGGGUGGCUUCCACGCCCUCCGGGGAGUCAUUGAUUCGAUCAUCAAGAAAUCCUGCAUUGAAAUUUUGGCAGCAGAGCCCUCCAGUGUGUGCGCAGGAGAGUCUUUCCAAGUGGUGGUGAGAGGAAACGGUUUCCUCCACGCCAGAAACAUCAACCAGGUGCUCUGCAGCUUCAAAAUCAACGAGACCAUUACAGUCAAUGAAAAGCCGGCUGGAGUAGAAAACACAUUCUUACUGUGCCCAGCUCCUGUCAUCGAUGAAGUUGGGAAGGUGAUUUAUCUCCAAGUGAGUAUGAAUGACGGUCUGUCCUUCAUCAGCAGCAAUGUGCACAUCACCACCACAGAGUGUUUUGAUGGCACCAUUCUCCUCAUCACCUUGCUGGUGUUGUUCCUUCUGCUGGCCCUGCUCUUCAUGUGGUGGUUCUGGCCUCUCUGCUGCACUGUGGUGAUCAAAGAACCACCUCCCCCACCUCCACCAGAGCCUGAGUCAGAUGAUGAAGAUGGCCUGCCUAAGAAGAAAUGGCCCACUGUGGAUGCUUCAUAUUAUGGGGGAAGAGGGAUUGGAGGAAUCAAGAGGAUGGAGGUGCGCUGGGGAGGAAAGGGUUCGACUGAGGAGGGGGCCAAGCUGGAGAAGCCGAAGAACGCUGUGGUGAAAAUGCCAGAGCAGGAGUACGAACCCUUCGAGCCCAAACCCAAGAAACCUCAGAACAAGAAGCCACCUCAAGCCCGGAAGUGGUACACACCCAUCCGGGGUAAACUGGAUGCUAUCUGGGCUCUGUUUCGCCGCGGGUACGACCAGGUCUCUCUGAUGAGACCCCAGCCGGGGGAUCAUGGUCGUUGCAUCAACUUCACAAGAGUGAAAGAUGAGUCAGCAGCAGCCAAGGCUUCACCUCGCACCCCAGUCAACACGCCUUCGGCCCCACCACCGGACUACCGCCCAGUCGCCCGCACCCCCUCGUCUCCCACCUCCACCAGCCCUCCUGCCAGAUCACCCCCAUCAGGCCAAGUACUCCCAGGUCCGCCACCGUCCCGCACGCCCCCGGGGCUUCCCUGUCCACCGCCCUCGCGUCCCCCGCCCACCCUCCGACCCUGAAUCACAUAGACAAACCCCUCUCCUACCCCCCAAACGCACCCGCUUUGAUACACAGACUUACCGCUCUGUUGACCAGCUCUUUCAGUUUGAAGGCUGUGGUCCUCGCUGCCAAAGAUACUCCUGCUAUAAGCCAAAGAUUUUGAAUCCCAGUCAUUCUGUGUUCCUCUUCUUGUAUGGAAAAGAGGGUCAAGUUAAACUGUAAGCUGGCAAUUUAAGUCACUUCACACAUGCUACCACCUAGCAUGAUAAAUUCUGGUGGGAGAAAAUGUUUAAAUGCCAGAGAAACAUGUAAAGAAAACUGAAAGUUUAUUAACCUUAAAGCCCAAUGUAUAGUUUUUUACAUGCCAAAAUGAAAAGUGGACCCCAAAUCAUUGACAAAGGUUGUUUUCUACUGGGUAUUAGUAUUUACUGAUGUAAGAAAAAGGAUCCUGACAAGCAGUUUGACUUAACGUUCUGUCCCAUACAGACUGAACAGGGUGAUUCUGAGAAAUAUUUUACUUUUUGUUGGCGUUUAUGAGAUCAGGGAGGAUUGUUGCUGGACAGCAAAGCAUGUUGGGGCAGGAAGAAUAUUGCAAUGGAUGAAAUUUCUUUGUUGUUUUUAUCAACUACUGAGUUGUGCCAUUGUCAUUGAGAAUUGAGGUGAAAAGUAAGUUGAACGUGGAAACCAGAGUAACCAGGUUAAACUCUGCUCAGACUGGAUUGGCUUAUUUCUCCAUUGCUGUGAAGUUUCUGGAAUUGGAUUCCAAAGCAAUUUCAAUCAGUCCUGUUGUCAAUGGUGUUGAGAAACUAAGAAAAGCCUUGUGAUUUGCUAGAAAUGUUAAGUUUUGGACAUCAUCUCAAUGCUAAAGUGAAUUUUUUUCCUUCACCUUUUUCUUUUAUCCAACAAAUUCCAUCCUUUGAGUACAGAAAUGAUACAGUUACAUGAUUUUGUGGUCCAGUCUUUGUACCAUUCAGUGACAGGGAAGUGUACAGAUGUUAUAUGGAAGGUAUGUUUUUACAAUAUAUGUUUGAGAUGCGUUUUUGAAUGCUACAUUGGUCGAUGUCUUUGAGGCUUUGGAUUUUGUCCUUAACCACCUUUUCAUGUAGUUGAAUUUAGAUUACAGCAAUAUAUAUUUUUUGUUUGUUUUGGAUUUUUUUUUUUUUUUUAUUGGUAUCUGCGCACAUAGACUGCUGAGCAACUACAGUAUGUAUUUGUUUUCGUUAGCAUUGGGACAUUUGACUCUCAUGAAAUCGAGCAACCAGAAAUCAGGUUAACGUCUCUCCUCACAUUUUUAUACACAGUCCUGAUACUGUACUUUGAUACCAUUAUGUGUGUUUUAUGUCUACAGUUUUAUCAUCACCGGUCACAUUGCAGGUCACAUUGCAACUGCAGGGCAGUUCAAAGAGCAUCUAAUUUAUUUUACUCCCCGAGAGAAACAGAGGAGAGUACUUGAAUAUCGACAAGGUGUCCAACCACCAAGACGGACACUGUGCGCAGAGUUUAGAAACACAACAGCUAGCCAGUUUAAAGUCAUAUAAGGUUUACCAGCAUUUCUCAACCUCUCAGCUAUGCUGAAAAACAUUUGUUGAAACUGAAAGUGACCCAGUUACAUUUUUAUGUAUGAAUCUUGGUGUGAAUUAUGCUUCCACAGAUCUUUUCUAGCAUUUGAAAAGACGGUGCAAUUGGGAUAAACAGAGAACAUUACUCCACCAAAACUGACCAAAACAGAAGUGUGAGACUUCAGGGUGUAGAAAAGCAGUUGAAAAAUGCUGGUAUUCCUUCUAUAUCCAGUGCCUUCUGGAAUUUUCUUCUUUGAUUUUUUUAAUACUUUCAUUUUAAUGUACGUCAUUCAGUUAUGUCCUGUACCGUUGUGUUACUACAUGCGUUCAUAGUCGGUCGCUGCGUCUUAACAGCGGCUCCACUGCUGAGCUAAAGGAAAGGUCCAUAUGUUAAUUGCUUCAUAAACCUGUAUAAUCCACAUCCACAUUUUCACUGAAAAUGCCUUUUAAUCUCGCUUAAAAAUUUUAAUUUGCCUGCUGGAGUUGAAACAUCUUUUAACAACAAGGUGCCAUGUGUAAAAAUGAUCAGAUGAACUGUGAUGUAUUGAAAGAGUAACCAUAAAGAAAAUAAUGCAUAAAGGUGUUGGAGGCAAAUUUACUUUUACGAGUCUGUAAAUUCAGAAUAAUUUCCCAACAGUUUCCUGGGAAAAUUCAUAGAAAGAACUGUGUACUUUGAUUUGUAUCAUAGGGAAACAGUAUUCAACUGGUACACAUCCAGCUAGUUAAUUCCAGCUGAUUGGUAGCACAAGAAUUUUCUACCAAACACUGCCUUCUGUCAUAAACCAAAGCACAGCAGAAGCUGAUAGGCCGACAGGCUUUUUAUUUCAUUUGGUGAAAGUAAAACAUAAAAGACAGAAUCCAUAUGUUGGCCAACACAACUGUUUGUUGAUCAUUAUCACCUUUGACGUGGCACCACCAAGAAAUUCAUUGUGCCUUAAAUGUUUUAAUUUGCUGCAGCAUCAAACUAAACCAAAGCAGAUCUCGUCACCUCAGUUGAGAUUUAUUAAUGACAGAAUGUAAAUGAGAAAGUCGGAGUGGCUGUAUUUCAUCUGUGAAAUAAACUUUCAUCUUAAGAGUUUGGCUAGAGAUGCAACACUCUGUUACCUUGUUCUCAGCAGUGCAUCUUUCCUAAUUUGCUCUAACAAUAAUAACUUUGUUAACACCCAAGAAAGGAUUACAGUAUAAAUGCAGUACAGAUGCAAGAUCAGUGCUUGAAAGGGAACUUCUGCAGUAUUUAUCGCUGCCAGAUCUGUCAUCCCGAGAUGAGGUGAAAUGCAUUAUGUUAACCAGUGUUUUUUACAUGUAUAAACAGCAGUACUGAAGCAAAUAUGAAAGACGUAUAUGAUUUUCCUUGUUGGUUGACAUGACUUUUUUUUUUAACAGUAUCAAUAAAGGUUGACUUCCAAG